AUGCCCCCCACCCCUGGCGAAUCCAACCUCCAAACCCUCCUGUCCUCCCUCUCACCAAUCCUCCACCCGGACCUCUUCGUCUUCCUCACCAUCCCCCACACCAGCAUCUCCCAAGCAGGUCCAGAUCUCCACACUUUGCAACCCCAACUCCUCUUCCAGGAAGCAGAAGGCACCACGUACAUUGUGACUCGCGAGCGUGCCGAAGCGCACGGCUUCACCAACUAUGUCUUCCCCUGUCGCAUGAUUACUAUCAGCGUGCAUUCUAGUCUUGAGGCGGUGGGGCUGAUGGCUGCUAUUAGCGCCAGUCUCAAGGAGGCCGGCGUGAGUGCGAAUGUGGUCAGUGGGUUCUAUCAUGAUCAUGUUUUUGUUCCCGAGGGGAAAGAGGAGGUUGCCUUGAGGGCGUUGCGGGAGUUGGCGGCAGGGAAUUUAACUGAUUGA